AUGCUAACAACCUGGUUCCCACGGCCGAGGGCCAAGGUCCCCCUCCCCUGGGACGGCAAGGAUGGGGACAUCAUACCAACCUCUCCCCGCCCCCCACCGCGGGGCUGCAGAGCACCAGGAGAAGCCCUUCCAGUCCCCCGGGACGGUCACCUAAUUUUUUUUUCCCCCCGAGGCGGGAAAGGAGAUCCAGGGGAUCCCCAGGGGAUAGCCCGCCCCCUAGCGGGGGGCGGUGAUGGAGCGCAGGGCCCGGCCCGUGCACCCACCGCAGCUCUACCCCCACGCUGCUGUCAGCGGCAUCAACCGCCAACGUGUGGCGGGGCCCGGGCCGGAGGUGCGGCAGCUCUGGAGCGCCUCUGCUUCGGCAGGCCGCCCGGGCCCAGCGGCGUCAGCGGCGGUUUCACUUUCAUGGCGGCGCCUCCCGGUCCCGCAGUCCUAACGGCCGCCCACCCUCCCCCUUUCUCGGCCGGGCACGGCGCCGCCUCCGAGACUUCCAGCCGCUAUCCCUCCCUUCCCGCCGCUCGCGCGCCCCCUCACCGGUCGAGCUGCUGAUGCGUCUACACACUAACCUGGUUGGACUGUGCCCACUGAGUGAAGCCGGGGGCAUCUGAGGUCCAGGCGUCGGAGGACCAGUACUCUAGCUUGUUUUUCCCAAUAAUUCAAUGAUCACCGAUACAGGUGAAUCCCAAAUCAAUAUUCCUACCCCAAGCUAUUCCCAGAUUUUCAAACUCUUCAGUUUUGUGCUAAAAUAACAUCCCCUUAGAUUUCCUACUGGCACUUCAAGUUCAAAAAUAAACAUGAUUUCCCCCUAAAAA